CUAUAAAUACGCUAUAAAGUCAGAUGGGAAAUGUUCUUCGCAUCUCAAUCCAAUCUCAAUAGUUUGUACGUGUCAACUACUUUCCCCAAACACUUCCCUGAAACCUAAACCUAAAGAAACUUCAUUCAGCAUCCAUGGCUCGUCGUUCAGGAGGAAGACCUGCUCCCCGUCCCAGGGCUGCUCCCGUGAGAAACCCACCACAGCCAGCUGCUCGUGCUCCUCCCCCGGCUCCUGCUCAGUCUAGUGGCGGAGGCAUGCUUGGAGGAUUGGGUGCUACCAUUGCUCAGGGGAUGGCUUUUGGGGGUGGAAGUGCCAUGGCACAUAGAGCUGUUGACUCCAUCAUGGGUCCUCGCACCAUUCAACAUGAAGCUGUGGGCUCUGAUGCUGUUGCUGCCCCAGCGGCCAUGAGCAGUGUUGGUGGAUCUGAUGCAUGCGGUAACCAAAAUAAGGCCUUCCAGGAUUGCUUGAACAACUAUGGAAGUGAUAUCAGCAAGUGUCAGUUUUACUUGGACAUGUUGUCUGAAUGCCGCAGAGGCUCAGGAUCUUCUAUGGGCAUCUGAGUUUUUCCUUUAUUGGAUAUGAUUGGCUCAGGGUUGGUAUUGGGUAUUCAAUAUACUUUUAUUUAGAUAUGAGUGGCUGCUGGAAUUGAUAAUGAUGAAAAUUUUGCAUCAUUAAUAAAUUUUCAACUCAUUGAGAAACUGUUAUUAUAUGGUGAAUGAGUUUCUUUUUCUUAGAGAUCUUUUAAUCUUUCAUUAUGUGUUGUUUUAUUCCAUU